AUGGAAUUCCCAGAACUCUCUUUGAGCCUGGCCGCCAGUAGCAACUUCAACGGCGGCGCCGGUGACAAUGCUGCAGAUUCCGACCACGAUAUCAGACUUCCGAUGAAGAGAAAGGUUCAAAGCGGCGGCGCCAGUGGCAGUGUUGACCUCCACCAGCCUUGGAUGGAACCCCUCCCAGUAGAUUGGGAACAAUGUCUUGAUCUUCAAUCGGGGAGAAUGUACUACGUGAACAGGAAAACAAUGAAGAAGACAUGGGAGUGGCCAAAGGAGCAGAAGCAAGCUCAUCAUCAUAAUCAGCUCAACCUCGAACUCAACAUCUCAACCAGCGGCGCCGCCCAUUCCUACGAAGAUCAUCGCCACCACAAGAAACACCACCAUCCAUCAUCGCCGCCGCCGUCAAACGGCGGCGCCGGAGGAGGAGAAAACAUGAUAGCGUUGCCGUGCUCCAAUUGCCAUCUCCUCGUCAUAGUUUCUCAGACCUCCCCGUCUUGCCCUAACUGCAAGUUCGUCCAGUACUCCUCCGCCGCCGGCAACCGCUCGCCGGCUAAGACGUUCCACUCCGGCGGCCUCAGCCUCUUCAACUGAGCGGACGAUCGGUACGGUACGGACGACGGGAGAGUAACGUAACGUUAGUUCUAUAUAUAUACAUACACGUGUUGUACGUAUUUUCAUUUUAAUAGUGUUAGCUAGGUAGCUAGGUAAUGUUAUUAAUGUAGAUGCUGUUCCAUUUUAUCACCUUGCUGCUACAAUGUUGUUUUUCAUUAAUUAAUUAAUUAUUUUAA